AAUUGAAGAAGAGGAAGGACAUAAAACGAGCGAAAUUUCUUCUCUGGUGAAACUUUUGGACAAACUCAUGGACAUUACCUAAUAGUAAUCAUUUCUAUUUCCUUUUAACCAUUUCCUAAUAGUAAUGGAAAUUGAAACGAAAAUAGCAAUUCAAUAAUUGAGCAGGUGAAUUAGCAAUGCAAGAUAUUUGUUCGGAUAUACGAGCGGCGAUUGAUCACGGACGCACCGAUAUCAUUCGAUCAUUAAUUGGUGCAUGUGACAAUGAGAAUCUUAGAGAGCGCAUCACAAGAGAAGAAAUUCUUAAUCAACCAUUUCUUGAAGAGGGAACAUUCCUUUCAUAUGCUUCCAAGACAAAUCAAGUAGACGUUGUUCGAACACUACUGAAUUGUGGAGCUAACCCAGCUAUUAAAAAUGCACAUGGACAUAACGCUGUUGAUGUAGCAGCUAGUGAAGUAAUUCGCAUGAUUUAUGUUGAGGAAUUGUUGAGAGCAACUGCUGCCUCCGAAAUAGACAGAGUUUUACAACUCUUGGCUGCUGGAAUUGCCGUCAAUUCUUGGGACUCUGAGGGAAGUAAAAAUACACCACUGCACUGGGCAGCAUGUUACGGCAAUAAAGAAGUAAUCGCUUGUCUUAUAGAUCGUGGAGCGAAUAUUGAUGCACAAAACGGCUGUGGUGCAACACCAUUGCAUGAAGCAGUGAAUCGCGGAGAUAUGGAAAUAUGUCAAGAACUCUUGCAGGCAGGUGCCAGUCCUCAUAUUCGUGCAAUACAAGGAACCUUUGGUGGAAAGACAGCAUACGAUCUCUCACGCAACAUGCCUUCGAUAAACAACCUAAUGCAGCGCUUCGUUUCAAACUUAGUCACAAAAGAGUCUGAAGGUAUUCACAGCCCACUAACAUCCUAUCCCGAUGCCAACCACUUCAACCCGCAGAGUCUCUCCGCGAACAUUAGUCAAAUCUCUAUUGACUCUGCCAAAUCUACCGAGCCACUCUUUGAGUCCACCAAUGAGGCAGCAACCGAUAGUCCAAUUCGUCUUCAGAAAUCUGGAAGCCUCAUUUGGAGCCUUAUAUGGCCGCAGCCGAAAAGCAUUCUACAGCUCGUUGACUUUUCCCCUCCCUUCAUUGCAGGAAAAGAGCUAUUUAUUUCAAUAAUCCAGGGAAGUGAGUCAAUUCAUGACAUUUUGGACGUCUGGGAGGUUUCUCGAACUCACUUACUAGACCUUGGUCACGACGUAAAAGUGGGGGAGGUCCAGCCAGGCUCAGGUCGCUGCACAGGAGAUAACAGAAUAGAAUGUAUCGUAAACAAGAAACUCUUCAAUAUAGCAGAGGGAUACCAGCUUAAUAUUUCUCAAAACUCUAUAAGAGUUAGUGCUGGAAGUCUACCGGGCCUUCACUACGCAGUCUGCACUUUCGUACAGAUUCUGCGGCUUAGCAAGAAUGCAGAAACCCCAGGAAUUUGCGAGAUAGAGCCGGUCCUUAUCAAAGACGAACCGCGGUUCAUACACAGGGGAAUCCUUCUCGAUGUUUCUCCUAGAGGACGAACUCCGACAUUAGACUACCUCCUGUACACCAUAGACCUCUGGUCCUCCUUCAAGAUCUCCCACUUGCAUCUUUACUCAAGACUCACUCCUAGCUGUGACUGGCAGUUGUGUUACUCAAGACUGGAGAUGGUGACGUUGGAUCGUUACUGUAGAGAUCGUCAUAUAGACAUGAUUCCAGCCCUUGACGUAGACCAGAACGUUAGCCAACGUCACCUUAAUCAAAUGUGGCCAGUAUUCCAGGAGGUUCUAGCAACAUUUCCCAGUUUAUCAUAUGUUCACGUCGGCCCUAGAUUAGCGAGUCUUUUGGUGCAGGCAGAUAAUUUGGACUACAGUCUCGGUACUAACGAAACUGUCGAAACUGACAUGUCAGAGGUGUUCAAAUCCUAUUCAUGUCUCCAAGAAUUGUGGCAUAUAUUGAAUCUGAACUCUGAUACAACGCUUCUAUUGUGCUCUAAUGGAUUACACUCAAAACCAGAGUUUAGAAGUAUUCCUACAAAUGUUAUUUUGGUAGAGUAUGGUUUUCAGGCUGAUUAUGACUUCUCUGAGUGGACAGAGACAUUUAAAACAGCUGGUGGCAAUGUUCUUCCUAGUUCAGGUACUGCCAGUUAUAAUUCUCUUGCUGGAUGUCCUGCAUCUACAUUCGCAAAUUCUAGAAAUGCAAUCAAAACAGCAUUAGAGCAUAACUCUAUUGGGAUCAUCGUUGCGCAUUGGUCGGGUAGUCAUCAUCUUACUCCUCAUCCUUUCUCAUGGCCGGGCUAUUUGGUCGGAGCUGGAUUGGCAUGGAAUCCAGACUCUGAUGUUGAGCUAGGAUCGAACGAUCAUUUCGAUCAUGAUCAUGAAAUCAGUGGGAACGGAAAAUAUCAGACGUUUCUGACAAACAUAUUGAACAUUCACGUCUUUCAGGAUGUGGAGAAUAAAGUGGGAAGCGCUGUUUUAGAACUAGGGCGGGUAGACACACUAGUGCUAAUACUGUCCAAGAAUCAGGACUGUAAUGAUCUCCAGCAAAUCCCUGAUAAUAGAGGGUCGACUCUUUACAGGCUCUUAACUGAUCCAGACAAUGUUAAUCUGGAAUUCCUGAGUGCUGAUCUCUUCGUCAAAAUGACGAAGCAGAUUAAGCGUGUAACUUACGCACUUUAUGAAGCUAAUGUGACAUCACAGUUUGGGGCAAUGGAGAUUCAAGAGCUGCAGCUUACUGCUGAUCUUAUGCUGACUGCUUGUAAAAUUGGAAGGACGUUAAUUGGAGUCGGCGUGAAUCCUAAUAGCAACAUGGGGCUUGCUGUUAUCAAUUUAGGAGUUAGUAAUCUACCACCAACUUUCAGGACUGACAUCGCCAAUAAGAUGCUGGCCCAUAUUGAACAAUAUAAGGGUGCCUGGCUGCAAAGGCAUCUACCUCAAGGAUUGCAGACUUCUUUGCUAGUACUCAAUAAUGCUCUGAAUCGGUUCGUACCGGAAUCAUAAUUUUUUGUACUUAUCAUUCUAAGAGAGGAGAAAUAUAUGUUUGCAGUUCAUGAGACAACUGUAACAUUUUUCAUUACUGGAUUUUAGGUAGGUGACAAAUAUUAUUUCAAAUUAUUCAUUAUUGAAGACUGUUAAAUUUUAAUUAAUUGAUGAAUAAAUGCAACUUCAUUUUAA